CUCGUUGAUGAUAAGAGCACGGGACGACUCGAAUUCGCACGACUCGAUAAACAAUGCCUCUGACAACAAAGACUUGAGUAAACAAUAGAAAUUUUGAAAUAAUUACAAUGGAACUGAGUACAGUGCGCUUUGUGCCCAAAGAUGGGGGCAAGCGCAGCGCCAGGGAUUUGGACACGCUCAGGGCGCAGAUCCAGAGGAUUGACGGGACCACGGUGAAAAUCCCUCCAGACCAGUCAUUUGUAGACGUUACAAUACCCGAAGGGAAUUAUUACUUGAUCCGGGACGCCACCGAAUCCCUCGGUUUCGAGCCCCUUAUCAACGAAAAAUCGACCGAAAGUGAAUCGGUCUCACUGCUGGCCCCCACAGGCGACUACACCUCCGACCAACCAACAAUAAUCACAGUGUCAGAAGAUGACACGAUUAAAAUCACCGUCUUGGGCAUGACGUGCCAAAGCUGUGUCAAAAACAUCGAAGAGACCCUGAGUCGUAAACCCGGCAUUUACAACAUCAAAGUCAGCCUUCAGGAAAAAGCCGCUCUAGUCCAUUAUGACACACGCCAACUGACACCGCAACAAAUAUGCGAUUUUAUCGACGAUAUGGGUUUCGAAGCAACACUUCCAGGUGCGAAAAUGCGUCAAUGCCUCGUCCAUAUCGACGGCAUGACGUGCAAAUCAUGCGUGCAAAGCAUUGAAGGCAUGAUAUCGGCCAAACCAGGCAUUAAAACAGCAAGCGUUGACUUGGAAACAAAAGAAGGGCGGUUUGAGUACGACCCUGGAUUAGUCAAAGCCGAGGAAAUUGCCGAACAGAUCGAUGAUAUGGGCUUUGAGGCUUCCCUUAAAUCAGUUGAUGGGAAACCAGUAGCUAAAGCCGCCCCUGACCACCGUCAAACCCAGCCAAUCCCAAGCGACCUCAACCUUGAAAAAUGUCAGUUGCAAGUCAAAGGCAUGACUUGUGGUAGUUGUGUGGCAGCGAUUGAAAAACACGUGAAAAAGAUCGCCGGGUGCCACAAAAUUCUAGUUUCGUUACUCGCCGCUAGGGCAGAAAUCCAUUAUGAUCCGUCGCUAGUGUCGCCGUUUGAAUUAGCGACCUGUAUUACCGACCUGGGGUUUCCGGCUAGUGUUGUUCAAGAAUCGGGUGCUGGAGCUUCGGAAGUUGAUUUGGAGAUAACGGGGAUGACGUGUGCGAGUUGUGUGCACAAAAUCGAGACAAAUAUCGCUCGAUUACAGGGCGUUUUGAGUGCGAAAGUUGCUCUCACGACGAAGCGCGGCAAAUUCAAAUAUGAUCCUGAGGUGACAGGAGCGCGUGAUAUAAUCGAAGCGAUCGCUAAAUUGGGGUUCGAGGCUCGACUUUUCGAUCGUGAUCAUGGUAAUGAUUAUUUGGAACAGAAGGAGGAGAUUAGGAGGUGGAAACAUGCGUUUUUGUUUUCGUUGGCGUUCGGUGGGCCCUCUAUGAUCGCAAUGAUGUAUUUCAUGACGCUGAUGUCAAGUGGGCAUAUGUCGCACGAGGAUAUGUGUUGUGUGAUUCCCGGACUUUCGCUCGAGAAUUUGAUAAUGUGGGUAUUAUCAACUCCUGUUUUAUUACUCGGGGGGCGGCAUUUUUUCGUCCAAGCUUACAAAGCACUAAAACAUCGGACGACCAACAUGGACGUUUUGAUCGCAAUGGCUACUUCGAUUUCGUACACUUAUAGUGUCAUCGUGGUCAUAGCCGCCAUGAUUAUGAGACAAAAAACUUCACCUCAGACUUUUUUUGACACGCCUCCUAUGCUACUGGUCUUUAUUAGUUUAGGCCGAUGGUUGGAACAUGUCGCUAAAGGCAAAACAUCCGAAGCUUUAUCGAAAUUAUUAUCACUCAAAGCCACAGAUGCGGUUUUAGUAAAAUUGGGGCCCAAGGGCGAAAUUUCAAAUGAGACACUUGUUCACGUCGAUUUGGUGCAACGUGGGGAUGUUUUAAAAGUGGUACCGGGGGCCAAAGUACCAGUCGACGGCAAAGUUUUACAGGGCCAAUCAAUGUGCGACGAGAGCCUCAUAACUGGGGAAAGCAUGCCGGUACCGAAGAAAAUCACAAGUAGUGUGAUUGGUGGAUCAAUCAAUCAGCACGGCCUACUUAUAAUCGAAGCCACACAUACAGGAGAGGCAACAACCCUAUCACAAAUUGUCAAAUUGGUCGAAGAAGCACAAACGUCAAAAGCACCCAUCCAACAAUUGGCCGAUAAAAUCGCUGGUUAUUUCGUCCCAACUGUCGUCUUCCUGUCACUUUUGACACUUAUUGUCUGGUCUAUUAUCGGCUCAAUCGAUAUAAACGCACUUCCGGUGACCGAAAGUGAAAAACACGAUUUUACCAAAACUGGGAUUAUUCUCCAAUUCGUUUUCCGGUGCGCGUUAAGUGUGCUCGCGAUUGCGUGUCCGUGUGCGUUAGGUUUGGCCACGCCCACUGCCGUCAUGGUGGGGACUGGCAUCGGUGCUGUGAAUGGUAUUUUAAUCAAAGGGGCGGAACCGUUAGAAAACGCCCACAAAGUUAAAGCAAUCAUGUUUGAUAAAACCGGAACUAUUACAAAAGGCGUACCGGAAGUAACACGUGUUUGGCUCAAAGGUGACUCUUUAAGCCCCGCCUUGAUUUUGGCAGCGGUCGGUUGUGCCGAAACAAAUUCCGAACAUCCGAUCGCUUCUGCGAUUAUCAAAUACGUGAGGGAGGCGAUUGGGGCGGAGCUAACGGGGACUAGUAGUGCGUUCCAGGCGGUGCCAGGGUGUGGCUUGAAAUGUACGGUCUCGUCGUUGGGUCAAGUGGUCAAAAAUGCGAAAAAUUGCCAAGAGAUGAGUAAUUUUAUGACGUUGGUGGGGGCGGGGAGUUCGGGCGUGUUUACGUUGAAUGGGGUCGAAGUCGAGGUUAGCAACAGUCAGAGUAUGAAACUGGGACAGUUGAUUGGCAUGGAGGCGGGGUCUGGCGAAGGGGAGGGGCGCUACGAGGUUGUUAUAGGCAACCGGGAGUGGAUGAAUCGGAAUGGGCUGGUCGUGACGGAGGAAGUUGAUAAGAAAAUGAUCGGGGAGGAGGAGCAAGGCAGGUCGGCGGUGCUCUGCGUCAUUGAUGGCGAAAUCGUUGCCAUGGUUAGCGUGGCCGACAUGGUGAAGCCCGAAGCCCACUUGGCCGUUUACUCGCUCAAAAAAAUGGGUCUCGAGGUUAUACUUUUGACCGGUGAUAACCGCCAAACCGCCGCCAGUAUCGCAAGACAAGUCGGUAUCAAGAAAGUCUACGCUGAAGUGCUUCCGUCACAUAAAGUCGCACGUGUCCAAAGACUCCAGUCUCGCGGUAUUAAAGUGGCAAUGGUGGGCGAUGGGGUUAAUGAUAGCCCCGCCUUGGCGCAAGCUGACGUAGGGAUGGCGAUCGCCGCUGGCACGGAUGUUGCCGUUGAAGCCGCUCAUGUCGUACUUAUGAGGAACGAUCUCUUGGACGUGGUCGCCUGUCUCGAACUGUCCCGAAAGACUGUCAAUCGCAUCCGAUUGAAUUUCCUCUUCGCGUCCGUUUAUAAUUUGUUGGGGAUUCCCCUGGCGGCUGGUGCUUUUAGUUUUAUAGGGUUUACGUUGGCACCGUGGAUGGCGAGUGCCGCGAUGGCUUUGAGUAGUGUCUCGGUGGUUGGAUCGAGUCUUUUAUUGAAAUUGUGGAAAAAACCGACAGUUAGGGAUUUGCAAACUGAGGAGUAUUUAGCCGAACGAAAUUCGGGAGAACUCGAUUCGAUUUCGAUUCAUCGGGGGUUGGAUGAUAUCGAACAGAAUGGAGCGCCAUCUAUAUCAAGUUGGAAAGGAGCGUAGCGGAAUUUGCGCAUAGCUCAAAUUAUUCAAACUGAUUAAAUGUUCCUUGGACGUAAUAAAAAUGGACGUCAGUUGUUACUUUCCAGUGAUUUAGACGAUGAAACGUCAGUCACGUUUGACAGAAGAAAAGGGGGCGUACGUGAGCCACUUAUGACUUAAUAACUUACUUACCAAUGUGAUAUAAAGCAUCAUUUUACUGUAAUUGAACCAAAAUGACGUAUGUUUUUAGUCGAGCAUUUAAUAUUUUUUUAUUAUACAGUUUUUACGGUGCUAACCGACUUGUAAUCUCAAAUGUGUAAAUAAAACUUUUAUGACA